AUGCGCUUCUGCCGCUCUUGGCUUUAUUGUACCCUGGAACGCGACUUCUAUGGGUUUAAGAUCAACGCCGGAAAAAGAAUCAGAGAUUCCCUGAAACGCACGCAAAUUACUUACAUCAAGCGAACUGCCCCUGUCAAAUAUUAUGAUGUGCUGAUUCCCAAGACUGAGAUUGACUGCAAACGUAAAGUCAUGGACACUGAUUAUCUUGCUCGCUUGCACCAGGACAGUGUCGAGUUAGUGGCCACAGAUCCGAUCCAGACAAUCACAGAGACGGGCGUCAAAACGCAGUCGGGCCGAGAAAUCCAUUGGGAUGCGAUCAUGCUUGCCAAUGGCCUCAAAACAGGGCAGAUCCUGCAUCGUCUCGAGGUCUAUGGUCAGGGGGGAAUCAGUCUGAACGGAUACGUACGUGGCUUGUUGCAGCAUACAUUUCGUUCCCUGGUCUUGAAGCUGACCACCAAGCAAUGGAAACGACAUUGUGACGGGGCCGCGCAGGCCUAUCAUGGAAGCUGCGUGUCGAGUUUCCCGAACUUCUUCAUCAUGAUGGGGCCGAACACCGCAGCGGGACACCUCUCCGUCGUCUUCUCCACGGAAUGUCAGAUCAACUUUACCCUUCAUUUUCUUCGUCCCGUGCUCAAGGAAGAGGCCAUGGCCACAGCCAUCUCUGUCGUCCCCAACGCGGAAAAGAGAGAUAACGCGUAG